GCCUGUCUGACUCGAUGAGUAGGCGUACCAACGAAGAAGAAAUUGACCCACGGAGCGCCAAGCGUUGUGACUACAAGGGAAAACAAAACAAGUGAACUGGUUGCUGACUGCAACUGUCUCCUAUGUCCAUUUCUUUUUGUCGGAAGAAAAUGAGUGACCUGGAGAGUAUCAGCCACCAUAUUAAUGACCAGAUUUCAUCUGUCCAGCGCAUGUUGGAUUUGUCACUUGCAGAUGUAUGCCCAGAUAAGAGGAAAAAUCUUAACCGAGAACUUGAUGCAAUUGAGAGACUUCUGGUGGAGUUUGAAAAAAGUGUUGGCCAACAAAAAGACCAGCUCAGUCACUUAAAGGCUCUUGAAGAGUUAACGGGAAAUAAUUUGGCAAGUCUCCAACAUCUUAAGGACAACGUACCUGCUCAUUUGCCUCAAAAAUGUCCCCAAAAAGAAAAUGAGCAGAUAAUGAAACAAAACCAAGAGCCAGAUGUGGAAUCCAGCCAGCAGGAAAUUGUUAAAAGUAAACUCAAGAGCCAUGUCAAAGAAAUACCGUUCAUCACUCUCGCAGAGUUUGAAGUUAUCCCCUCGUAUAUGAAGGGACGGGUGCCAUAUGAUGAAAUUAACAAAGCAGUGCAGAACAUUAAUGCAACUGCAGCAGCAAAAUAUAAAAUUGUUCGCCAGCCUGUGAAAACUUUAAACAAUCAUACACGCAAGUUGUACCAGCGCUUCAAGGAUCAAGAGACAAAAGACACCAAAGGUCAAUAUUUCGUGGUGGAAGAUGAUUUUCGCGACUUCACUCAGAUGAAAGUGGAUAAACGACUUCAUGGAAUUCUGAAUAUGUUGCGACACUGCCAACGCCUGCAAGAGUUGCGAGGAGGAGGGCUUACCCGCUACAUCAUAUUAUGAAUGAAGGACUCUCAGUCGAGUUGAGAUUUCCUGAAUUGUGAUUUGACAUCAAUUUGAAUACCCUUCAACAGCUAAAGGCUAGCCUAGCUUAAGCCAGAGAUAAUCGUGAACCCUGGUCUGAUCACCUGACCAUUGGCCAUCAUGGACAGCAACCAUAGACCCAUUCUGUAAACCGCUCUAAUAAUACAAAUGCAGGAGAAGUAUGAACAAGAAUGCAUUUCUAGCUCAGCCUGAUUCUGAAGUGCGCCCCCCCCCCCUAAUAACAUUGGUGCCCUCAAGAUAUGGCCUGACUGACAAAUAGUACAAAAUCAUUUAUUAUCUGCUUUUCAUUAUCAAUUAGUAUCAUGCAAAGAUCAAAAAGAAAUAUAGGUUUUUUU